AGUACUUCAAAGGUUAUCGCAAUCGCAGUUUGUUAAUUACAUCAACGUCACAUCGUUACACACACUUUAUAGUGUUCCAAGUCACUGAGCCUAAAUGAGUAGGCUAGAAACUCGCAUAUGUUGCUUCUAGUUAGUCAUGUAUUUGAUACUAUUUGCCAUCGCAUUCGCCAUAUUAUUUGCAUUGUUUAAGUUAACUAGGGUGUAUAGUCAAUGGAGAGACAAAGGCGUGCCCUACAUUAAGCCGAUUUACUUUCUUGGAAAUUUCGGUGGAAACGUCCUUCGGCUUAAAUCCUUCGAAACCCUGACACGGGAGUGCUACAAUGCAUUCCCAAACAGUCGUUACGUCGGAUUGUACCAGUUUCGGCAACCAAUAUUACUAAUACGAGAUCCAGAGCUGGUAAAGCAAAUAACAAUAAAAGAUUUUGAUACCUUUCCCGAGCACGUGUCAGUUUUUACGAUGGGUUUGGAACCAUUACUUGCUAAAAAUUUGUUCAACUUAACCGGAUCGGACUGGCACGAAGUGCGAUCGACACUCAGUCCAUCAUUUACCAGUCGCAAGAUGAAAGUAUUCUUCACAUUAAUGGCGGAAUGCUCCGAUCAGUUUAUAAACUACUUCAAAGAGUCUGGAGAUGGCGUACAGGUAGAGGUAAUGGAUGCGUUUACAAGAUACACCAAUGACGUGAUUGCCACGUGCGCAUUUGGGAUUACCUGUAACUCGCUGAAGAAUAGAGAUAACGAGUUUUACUUGAUGGGCAAGGAUGCGUCUAGGAUUUCGGGAGUGAAAAUGUUAAAGUUCUUCGGUUACAGCUCAUGUCCUAGCAUAAUGAAGUUGCUCAACAUAAAGUUCUUCGGUGUCGACGUGGAUGCUUACUUCAGAAACAUUAUAAAGGAGACGCUCAGAAUUAGGCGACAGGAAAAAAUCGAACGUCCCGAUAUGAUUAAUUUGCUCAUAGAGGCACAGAGGAACCCCAAAAACGCAGAGCACCAGAUGACAGAUGAGGAUAUAACAGCCCAAGCUCUUAUUUUCUUCCUUGCCGGAUUCGAUACUGUUGCAAGCGCAAUGACGUUCCUUGCUUACGAGUUGGCUAUCAAUCCAGAUGUUCAGCGAAAACUACACGAGGAAAUUUGUCGAACAUCUGGAGAAGUAACAUACGAAACAAUAAAAUCGAUGAGUUAUCUAGAAUGCGUUUUGUCAGAGUCAUUACGAUUGCACAGUAAUGUACCGUUCGUCGAUCGAAGAUCCACGAAGCCGUACACAAUUGAACCAGUAGAUCCUUCGGAAAAGCCUGUAUACUUGGAAAAGGGUACAGUUCUUUGGCUGCCCACGUGCGCCUUACACUACGACGAGAGGUACUUUCCGAAUCCCAAAAAGUUUGAUCCCGAACGAUUUAGCGAGGAAAACAGAUCAAAGAUCCAUCAGGGUGUCUACAUACCAUUUGGUUCGGGUCCGAGAGCUUGCAUUGCUUCUCGUUUUGCUUUGUUGGAAGUAAAACUAAUAGUUAUACGGUUACUGCAAAAUUUUGAAAUUGUGCCGAAUGCCAAGACCGCGAUCCCAUUGAUACCGGACAAAACGAGUUUCAACGGUCUUCCAGCGGAUGGCGUGUGGGUGACUUUGAAACCGAGAAGGGUUAACUGAUUCAUUUUAGUUUGAGUUUUAUACAUCUGUUGAUUAAAAAUGUUGGUUAGUUUUCA